GUCUUGAUCUGUGUGUGUGGAGGCAGCUACAGCAGCUGAACUGCUCUUGGCCCUGCUGCUCUUUCUCAGUGCCUCUUUGAACCAGAGGUCUGGCUGCCGCGUUGCUCUCUAGUCGCAGUGCUUUGUGUGUUGUCUGUCCAGCUCAACUCUGGCUGGAGUCAGUGCCUCUAUAGUGGGAGGUACUGUUUACAGGGCAGUGUCAGCUUCUGGGAAGGAGUCAUCAAAACACUUUGUGAGUGAGGCUGCUCAAGACCAGUGCGUUUUGUUUCUGCUACAGGUAUAGCAGAGAGCCAUGCUGAAAGGGGGCUCUCCAAAGGUGGGGCUGCCUAAGCCAGGGCUUCAGGAGAGGGCCAAGCAAGUCUCCCUCGCCCUCUCUACCACCACCUCCACCACAGCUACAGGCAUCAAGACAUCCAGGUCCUCCAACACCCUGGCCACAGACCUUCGCCUCAGCAGACUGAAGAGAGCCAGUAGUGAUGACACCCUGGCCAAGCCUGCCCUGGGGGCAGCAGCCACAGGCUCCCGCAUGAAGAAGACUGUCACUACAGGGGCCAUCUCUGACCUGGCUGAUGCAAGACCUCGCAGCCUCUCAGGUGUUCAAUCAGGAUCUAAGAAAUCUGGAAUCCCUGCCCCCAGGGAGAUCCCCCCCACCAUGACCAGGGACCGUGUGUCGCUGAGGGACCAGUUGAGGACCUCCACGACCAAGAAGAUGGUCCCCAGCGUCAGCACCUCCAGCCUGACCACCCUAGCAGCCAAGCACCAGCGCGGCUCCACCACCACAAAGCCCAGGGUGGAUGCCGAGGGCUCGGAGAGAGGCUUCCUGGAGUGCCAGAUUAAGGAGCUGCUGGCUGAAGCCAAAGCGAAGGAGUUUGAGAUCAGCAAGCUGAGGAUGGAGCUGCAGCGCUGCCGGGGGAAAGCCUUGUCGUCCUCGUCCCCCUCGGCUCACAACACCCCCUCCACCCCACCCGAGGGUACCUCCAAGCAGGGCCAAGGUCCAUCCCAGCAGGCUACAGACGCACAGGCCCUGGUUGAGGAGCUGAGGGAGAAGAACGGGAAGUUCCAGAGGGAGCUGGCGGCUCUGAGGGAGGAGAACCAGGUCCUGAAGGAGAAGCUUUUCUCCCUGGAGGCCUCGCCUGCCUCUCCUCUGUCCAACAACACUACCACCACGACCAGCCCCUCCAAGCCCUCCGUCAACGGCCUCCCUUUAGACAACAACACCACUCUCCCAGCCAAGUCAGCCACACCCAGCCCGCUCAAAACCUCAGUCUCUUCCAGCAGUGACAUCACCAAGGGCUCGCCCUCGCCAGACUCCUCAGAGUUUGAGAAGAUCCCGUCGCGGUCUUACUCAGUUAGCAGCAGUGAUGGGGGCUGUGGUGGUGUAGGGGUUGUAGGUGUGGGGAAGGGUCCGGGUCGCGACCCCUCAGUGGAGAGGCUGACGGAGCAGAUCCAGAAGAUGGAGGAGAGUCAGCACAGCACGGCAGAGGAGCUCCAGGCCACACUACAGGAGCUGGCCGACCAGCAGCAGGUGGUCCAGGAGCUGACGGCUGAGAACGAGCGCCUGGCCGAGGAGAAGGGCCUCCUACAGACGUCGCUGCAGCAGCAGAGGGAGAGGGUGGAGCUGCUGGCCCAGAAGAACGAGGCCCUGGCCGGGAGGCUGCAGGAGGCAUCCCAGGCCCAGAGCAGGGACGAGGGCCGGGCAGCCGAGCUGGAGCAGCGCUACACUGACCUGGUGGAGAGCUCUCGCUUCGAGAGGGAAAAGCUGGUGGAUAUCCAGCAGCAGCUGACGGGGAGCCUGAGGGCCCUGGAGCAGGAACACCAGGAGGCCCAGGGGCAGGUGAGAUCCCUCAGGGAGGAGAGGGACGGCCUCCAGUGCCGGCUGGAGAGGGAGGUGGAGGCCGGGGGUGAGAUGACACAGGCGGCUGAGGAACACAGGGCGGCAGCGGACGCCCUGAGGGUGAAGAACGGACGUCUCAAAGCCCAGGUGGACAUAGAGAGACAGAAGGUUGGGGAGCUGAAGGCCAUGCAGAGUGCUGGGGACAGCACGGAGCUGCAGAGGCUGCUGAAGGUGGCCCAUGCUGAGAGAGACAGAUUGGAGGGGGAGGUAACAGAGCUACGGCAGGAGCUGCUACAGGCCCAGACCGACACUGAACACGCCCAAGGACUGCUCUCCAAGGUGGAGGCUGAGUGCCAGCAGGUGGCGGAGCAAGCCGUGAGGCGGGAGGAGGAGCUGAGUGGCCGAGUCAGUGCCCUGGAGAAGGGUGGCCGGCAGGCCGACGGCCAGAUCAAGGACCUGAAGGAGACCAUCUUUGAGCUGGAGGACCAGGUGGAGCAGCAGAGGGCCGUCCACCUCCACACCAACCAGACCAUCCUGGACCUAGAGAACCAACUCAAGAAGCUGGAGGAGCAGAAGGCUGAAGUGGAGAGGCAGCUGAAGAUCUUGAGUAAACAAAUGAAGGACGAGACGGAGGAGUGGCGGCGGUUCCAGGCAGACCUCCAGACAGCCGUAGUGGUGGCCAACGACAUCAAGGUGGAGGCCCAGCAGGAGAUCCGCUCUCUGAGGAGGAGGUUACAGGAGGAGCAGGGGCGCAGCGCCAAGCUCUCCUCAGACCUGGAGCAGCUGCAGGGAGUCAGACCAGAAGCUCCCCUCCUCCCUGAGAUCAUUCGUUCUCUCAAGGAUGUCCCCCUCUCAGACAUGGCUCCUUAUAGAAAGCCCAGACUUGGGGCUGGAGCCAGUUUUGAUACUAAGACUGCAGUAGAGGGGCGGUAGAAAAGUCCAACCACAUCACAUCGGGACUCUCUGAAGACAGACUGACAGUAUUAUUGUAAAGAGUUGCUUUGAUCAGUAUUACCAUAAAAACUGUUAUGUGGUAUGUAAUUCUGAUGGGUUUAUUAGCAAGGUUGGUGACCGGUGCAUAUACAAUAUGAGCCCCAGACAGAGUCAGACUGUCGUUUACAGUUAAUCCAAUCUGUUGUGAAACAGCACUUGGCUGCCAAAUUAACACAUAUUUGUUCGUGAAAUCUUUCUAAAAUGCUGUACACCUUUUUAUCUGUGUUGUUUGCAGUGUUUUCUGUGGUAUUUGUGUUUAUGAAUCUCUCCUCUCUGGCGGUCAAGAGAGGGGACUGAUCAUAAGAUAGGAGGGGUUUCUGUUACUGAUUCCUAUUUGCUUUUGUGCCUUUUAGACACUUAAAUUGCCUCAGUGGUGAAUAUUCACUUACUCAAUGUGUUGUUAAAGAAGAGUCAUUGAUUUGUUAAGAAAACAAAUGAUGAGAAUUAGACACAUUUUUUGUUCAGUUCUCUGAAGGUUGACUGAAGCACAAACAGUCUGUUUAUCAGCUGUAUGCUGACAGUUAUCAUUAUGAGUCAGAUAUAUUUUUUCUGUUAGGUUUCAUUACGUUUCAGGCCAAGUGCAAGUUUAAAAAGCCAAACAGAAAAGCUUUUCAAGUUAUUUUUGUUGAUCAGAGCUGGUUUUAUUGGUCUUUUGGUUUAUAAUUGUUCUAAUACGUUUCCUAGCAGUUCUGCAUCUGUGGUUAUUAUUACGAUCCGUUUCUUAUAACUGACCGUUUGGAAUAUCUGUUACUUCAAAAAGUGCUUGGAUGAUAUUUACGUUUUUUUAUGGUAGUAAUCAACAAUCAGUUCACUUUAAGUUUCAAGUCUUUGAGAGUAUUGAUGGCUACUUAGAUGUAGUCAUGUACUGUAGUUGGAUAUUUGGUAUUUCAUUUGCACCUUGUGUUAAAAAUGUAUAUCAGAUAAUGUGGUGUGAUAAUUUACCACUAGAUGGCGUUAUUUACCAGACAUCAAGAACGGCAAAACAUCAAUAACCUGCACUGGUCAGUAGUCCUACAUUGUGUGUAUGUAUAGUCACCGAGCUACAGUUGAAGUCCAGCUCACCAGUUUGAGUUCUGCCUACAGACAACAACACUGAACCACAGACAGUAUAUUAUUACAUUAUCACUGGUCAUUAUCACGUUAUCACUAAUAAUGUUCACACAGGAAGGCCACUGUGAAUUUAAGCCAUAAGGGUAAUCAACUGCUGAUCACUGCCCAAUUCAAUCAGCCCUCACUGCCUCAGAUUUACAGCCGUGCCUAAAACUCAUUAUGAACUGGCUUAACUCAUCAAAAUGUCAAAAUCAUUGUCAAAAUGUUCUUUAGUUCUGUAGGCCAUAAUGUUCCACUCUGAACUUCAGCGCGCUAAAAGCAUUGUGAAUUUUUUAUCACUCAUUCUGAAGUAUUUCUAAUGCAACCCCAUCAGGUCAAAUAAAAAGCCUCUCAUUUUUUAUGACUGCUUCAGGGUAGACGUCAGAUCAUUGAAGUGAUGCUGGCGUCAUGACACCCAUUAGAAGUGUAUAAUGACCAACUGCCACCCUGUAAACCUCAGGUUAUAAUGAUUAUUAUUACCUAGUAACAGGACUAUUCAGUAGAUGCAGUCAUACAAAAGCCAUAGUAUUCGACCAGAGACAGAUAGACGUGCUGGUUAAGUUUAACUUUGAGUACUAUCGAUAUUGCCAAAAAAGGCCACCUCAUCAUAAGACAUAUGGUGGUAACUGUGUGUUGAUGAACUUUUAUCUUCCUUUGAUUUAAAGCCAUGCUCAACAGUUCAACAAGUGAAUGUGCAACAGUUGAUUUAUUAUUUUAGUUGAAAUCUUAUUGAGAGUUGGACUCCGGUUUUAAUACCUGUGACAGAUCGAAUAUACAAUACUGUUUAUCUAGAGAAAUAGUCAAUAUAAGGUGUUUGUCUGUCUGUUUAUUUUGUAUUUGUUCAAUGGAAAGUCAAUAAAUGAAAUGACUCUA